AGUAAGUUGGACCAAACAUUAACAAUAUUAGUUGGAUCAUGGUUCAUUGGUUGACAUCGUUUAGUAACUCUUUCGAAUUUGCAGGUCAUAUUUUUAGAAGAAUCUUUCCUUCCCGUCUGGUAACGUAAAAGUUUCAUAACCCGGGUGGUUGUCAUAUUUGUUUUCUCUUCGAAUGGCGCAUUCAAAGAAGCAGAAAUUAUCACAACUUCCAUCUGAAGAGGAUGAUGGGUCUAUUCAAGAAACCACACAACUGCAACACACCACAGUGGCAACCCCUGAGAUAGAUGUCAGCCUCGUUGAUCGAAUGAAAAAGCGUUUCAGUACCCGAAACCCCACAGCAUCAGAUACCAACGCUGCUGAUGCCAGCAGCACCAAUACUGAGCUUGAAACGUCAUCGACGGCCUCAAGUCAAUAUCUGACGACAGGGGAGGAAGGACAACAGAAAGGUACUUCCAAGAGGAAUUCGCUGGGUCGGAAAGUGGUCCAAAUUGACAAGGUGUUCUCACCCGAGGCGAGCUCCGGCAGGGUAUUCCAAAGUCCGACCAGGUUUCCCAGGAGAGAGUCAGGCUUGGCGGCCUUGUCCACCAUGCUCACGUCAGCUAGCAGUGAGUCUGACGAUGCUACACAGACAGGGACAAGGGGUUCUGCCAGCAAAACGAGAGGUAAAGCAAAAAGGCACCGGGGAAAUGACCAAGGAGAGGAAAGGAACUCGCAGUCUUCCAGUGAGAAAUCAGCAGAUGAUCCAGAUCAAAGGAUUCUCUCCUCAUACCCAAGUGAGUGGCCAGGCCCAGCAGAUGAAGGAAGUGAGGAAAUGGCUGAAAGAUAUGCAGCUCUCCGAGCGAGACUGUUUACCCUGAGUGGAUCGCUGUCGGUUGCCAAGCAGCAGUGUGAACAGUACAAGGCCCUUGCUGAUGCUUUGCAGGGAAUCAACACAAAUCUGGAGAAAUGCUCAUCAGAGGACUUACAGGAAGAGGUGAAAAGAACAGGAGACCUAGUGUCAAAGAUACAGCAGAAGUUGGAGAGCCGAGAUCUGACGAGAGCAAGCCAAGAGACCUCAGGUGACAGUAACCGCAACAACGGUGACAGCGCCCCUCCAACCAGUCCAGCACACCCACCCACAGAUCACGCCGCCCUCGUGAAAGUUUUGUUUAAAGCUGCGGCCACUGUCGAUUCCCCUUGAAUCGGCCCCUGCAUGUCAGUGGCGCAACGAGGCUGACAUUUCUUGGGGGAGGGGGGGGGACACUGAAAGCCAAUAAACUGUAGCAUACACAAUGGCUGUGAACACCUCAAGAUAUAAAAUGUGAGUUGCCAACGGUGUUUGCUUGGCCACAGUAAGUGCAUCAGUGGUCUUGUUGUUCACUUUUUAUGAGAAACUGGCGGUAAAAGAACUGUCUAUUUUCUACAUGAAAUGUCAGGGUUUUACAUGUAUGCCUCAUAACAUGGAUAAUCUCAUGCCUGUAGAAUUGUUUUGGAGAACAAUUGUUAAUCAAAUGCCAAUGACAAAGUCUGUAAUAUUUCUGUACAUAUAGACUAAUCCGAUUAGACGCCAUAACUGCGGUAGCACCACACUCACACGCACAUUCUUCAGCUUGACGCGC